GAUAAACGACGCCGCUUAGAAGGAAUAAUACCACGAAGGAAGUCUUUUGUUUUUGGCACUGAUGUGUUUGACAGGGCUAAAGUCAUCGAAAAAAAUGGCAUAAUGGACGCAAUCGAAGCCGCUUCUCCUCCUCAGUCCCCUUCCAAUCCCAGUCAACCGCGACAUUUCUAUGUCGCCGUCGAUAGACUCCACUUCAAAAUGGUUCUCUCUUUCUCUGAGACGUUAGUGGAGUUAUUAGGAGUCGCCGGCCGCCGCUCCGGGCUGCCGAUGGUAGUGUGUUGUAGCUCACGUGACGAGCUCGAUGCUGUCUGCUCUGUCGUCUCCAAUCUCCCCUACAUUUCUUUCGCUUCUCUGUACAGUGAUUUAGCUGAAGCAGAACGAACUUCAGUUCUGGAGAAAUUUAGGCAAGUAACAAUGAGGUGGAACCAGAAUAUCACUGCUCAGUCGGGCAAUAAAGAUGAAAUUGAGAAAGAGGACAAGUCUCAUAUGAUAGUUGUAACAGACACGUGCCUUCCACUUCUUGCUUCUGGGGAGUCACCAAUUUCUGCUCGUGUUCUGAUUAAUUAUGAGUUACCAACGAAGAAGGAAACAUAUGCGCGACGCAUGUCUAGUUGUUUGGCAGCAGAUGGGAUUGUAAUCAAUAUGGUUGUUGGGGGAGAAGUGGUGACUCUUAAAAAUAUUGAGGAGAGCAGCAGCCUUGUCAUAGCUGAAAUGCCUAUAAAUAUAUCUGAGAUUUUAUGAAGACAGAUAUUUCUGCUAUGACUACAGAGCAAAAUAAGGAUAAACUUCUUAUGCUAUUUCCAACAGUUGAAGACUCCACAAGUGAUUUGGAUAAUCUGUGAGUAGUUGCGACAACGUUGAGAUUUUUAUCAGCCCAAGUUUGCAUUAUUCCAAAAUAUUAUAUGUAGAAUUGUUUUAUCCCUUUGUCUUCCUUAGGAAAAGAUAUGUAACUUAUAUGGUAAUUGGAGUGAGGAAUAGGAAAAAUAGGCUGUGAUUUCCCUCAAAUUGGUUUUCAAAUUAGUUAUAAACUUGGUUGUCAUUUAAGAAGAUUCAUCUCUAGGCAGGACUAACUAGGAGGUGUACUUCGUUCCUUGGCAGACAAACGCAAUGAAAAUAUCUUUAUUUGAUUUGUUCAA